UCUUGUCUGCCCUCGUCACAACUCCUUACCCCGCAUCGACUUGUCGCUUCUCUUUCGCAACGCUCCCGCACUCACGCUCUUGCCUUUUUUGUUCUCUUCGUCUAGGCCUCCAUCGGACCUCCUACUAUCCUCCCCCAUCGACCUCCUCUUCCUAUCAUCUCUCCGCUUCCUCCCUCCCCUCAACUCCUCCCUCAACACGAUGAGCACCAUGUCCUCACGACAAAGCCCAUCAUCUGCCGAAAAGCGCGCAUUGGCGAGCUCGACCGUCGCCGUACCCGGCAUUGUUGUGCCUGGCAUCGUUCUCACCCAAGCAGGCGACCAAGACCUGGAGGCCGAGCGCCAGCUGCCCCCACCAUCACCACACCAAGUCGUUCUGCUUGCACCCGGCGUUGUUUACCCCGGGCGCAAAGGGCGCGCAGCGCGCGGGAUACCGCAGGCGGCGCGACAGCUGGUCUGCGUCGCACUCGUUGUUCUCGCUUUCUGGCACUUGUGGAGCACGCUCGACAUGGGUGCCAUGCACGUUCCCAUCACCGACGUCACACCCUGAUUCCCGCUCCGCCAAGCGCACGCAACAUACAACCACAACAGGACGCAUGUGCUCCUCCCAUUUCCACGCAGCACGCCACAGCGAGGCGCACAUGAUUUUUAUUUCUAUACGGACACUCUAGUCAUUUGUACACUACACUCAUGUACG